GGCCGAGACUUGGCUGAGGAGACCCUGAGGCUGGGGCUGUGCGGCGGGUUGAACGCGGAGGACCGGCGGUCGGAGACCCGGACGUUGUGCGGCCGCUCCCACUGAGCUUGAAGCUAAGGGGAGGCGGAGACGCCCGCACUCCCACCCGUAGGUAUAUCUCCAUGAAUAACUUAAAUGACCCCCCAAAUUGGAAUAUCCGACCUAAUUCCCAAACUGAAGGGGGUGAUGGAGGCCGGUGGAAUUAUGCCUUAUUGGUUCCAAUGCUGGGAUUGGCUGCUUUCCGUUGGAUCUGGUCUAGGGAGUCCCAGAAAGAAAUCGAAAAGGAGCGAGAAGCUUUCCGCCAGAGAACAGCUGCCUUCCAGCGGGAUCUGGAGGCCAGGUACCACACCAUGAUCGCAGAAAACCGCCGGGCCGUCGCCCAGCUGUCGCUGGAGCUUGAAAAGGAACAAAACAGAACCACAAGUUACCGGGAAGCCCUUAUCUCUCAGGGCCGCAAGCUGGUCGAAGAAAAGAAGCUUCUGGAACAGGAGCGGGCUCGGGUCCUGCAGGAGAAGGGGCAGCUGCAGCCCUUGAGGAGCGCCUACCAGAGCUGCCUUGCAGGGGAAGAGGACUGGCAGAGGAGGGCCCGGCUGCUCCUGCAGGACUUUGAGGAGGCGUUGACCGAGAGGCAGAGCAUCUACUGCAGCCUGGUGCUCCCCCGGCGCCGGCGGCUGGACCUGGAGAAGAGCAUGCUGGUCCGUGCCUCUGUUGACCCCGUGGCUGCCGACCUGGACAUGGUGGCUGGUCUGACUGACAUCUUUAAACACGACACGCACUGUGGGGAGGUCUGGAACACCAACAGACGCCAGAAUGGGAGGCUCAUGUGGCUCUACCUCAAGUACUGGGAGCUGAUUGUGGAACUGAAGAAGUUUAAGCGCAUAGAGAAAGCCAUAUUGGAAAAGUGAGACAACAGUGGAGUGGAGCUUCGUUUAGUAGGACUGGAGGCUCGUCUAGGGGAUGCUACACCUCUCAGGCCUCUGUGGUGAUGCUUUCUCCCGACCUCCUCACCUCUCAGCAGGCCUUUUGUCUUUUAAGCUGACAAGAGUUCACUUAGCAGAACAGUGUAAUCUCAUUUUCAGUUCUAGGGUAAGCGUUUUGUUUGUUUUUUUAAGUAAAAUACAGUACUGAUAUCGCCCUAAAUGCUUUAUCUAUUUUUAUUACUGUCUAAAUUGUUUCUUCGGUGAAUUAAUGUAAUUUCAAAAGUUACGUUUAAAAGUUGCUAGGUUAUGAACAGUAAUGAAAAAUAGUAACGGUCCCCCUCUCACUCUUCCAAAGGGAAAAAGCAAGUAAAAUUCAAAUGGUUUUUAAAGUUUCGUUUGUUUUUAAUCAGUUUUAUUCAGUACCCUGGAGUAUUUGUUUGGAAUUUGGUUGUGUGUGUACUUGGUAUGCAGAUAUUUAUUAGCAAUGAUGUAUAAUAAAAAAUGCUUGCCCUUUAAAUGCCA